CGACUAGACUAAAAAAAGCUUUCUCUGUUACAAUUUUGUGUUUGGCUUACAAAACUUAAGAGACGACUUAGUUACAAAAAAAAAAAAAAAGCUUAAGAAACGACUUCAAGUCUUAAGAGUCAGCUAAUAAAGCCAUUUACACACGCAGACACACACACAAAAACAAGCUCUUGAGUCUCUCUCUGUACUUGUCCACUAUGAAUGCCAACGCUUAUGCACAAAACCAUUGAAGUUAGACAUAGCUUUAAGCGAAAUAUCUACCAUUCUUUUUUUUUGUAUAUAAGUAUGGUGUAGGUCUCCAAGAAAAGAACGAAGCUUGUGAAGUUAACCGAUGAAUUUCCGGCGAAGUGAUCCGACAAUAAGAGGUUUACGAGCUUCAACGGCUUUACUCUGUGGUGUUAUUCUGAUUCAGCUGUUUGCUGCUCAAAUUGAUGCUCAAAGACCAUGGCAGACACUCAGUGGUGAUGCUCCUCUUGUGAUUGCUCGUGGUGGAUUUUCUGGAUUGUUUCCAGAUUCGAGUAUCGCUGGCUACAUGUUCGCAAUGGAGGUAAGUGUACCCGGUGCUGUUCUAUGGUGCGAUGUUCAGCUAACCGAAGAUGGAGAAGGCAUUUGCUUCCCUGAUUUAAAACUGAACAAUGCUUCAAAUAUUGAAGAUGUUUACCCAAAUCGCCAAAAAUCUUACCGGGUUAAUGGGGUCCCUACCCAGGCUUGGUUCACCAUUGAUUUCUCCCUGAGAGCCCUCAUGAAUGUUACCUUGAAACGAGGAAUAUCAUCUCGGUCAGAAAAACUCGAUGGGUACCCGAUUUCGUCGGUUAAAGACGUAGCCACGCAGAUUCAACCAAAAAGUUUUUGGUUGAAUGUUCAGCACGAUGCUUUCUACGAGCAACAAAUUUUUAGCAUGAGCAGUUUUCUGUUAUUAGCUUCAAGAACAGUUUCCAUUGACUACAUCUCUUCCCCUGAAGUGAAUAUGUUUCAGAAAAUUGCUGGCCGUUUCGGGAUUAAUGGACCGAGUUUCGUGUUUCGGUUUCUUGAGAAAGAAGAAUUUGAGCCGACAACAAACCGAACCUACGGCUCUAUCUUAAGUAACCUAACUUUUGUCAAGACGUUUGCUUCAGGGAUUCUUGUUCCAAAGUCUUACAUAUUGCCACUCGAUGGCAAGCAGUACCUGCGUCCUCAUACAUCCUUAGUUCAAGAUGCUCACAAAGCAGGAUUAGAAGUUUUUGUAUCAGGUUUUGCAAAUGAUGCUGAUAUUGCAUAUAACUACAGUUUCGAUCCAGUGUCUGAGUAUCUAUCUUUUAUUGACAAUGCUGAUUUCUCUGUUGAUGGCGUGCUCUCUGAUUUUCCCAUAUCUGCAUCUGCAUCCAUUGACUGCUUCUCCCACUUAAGCAGAAACGCUACAAAACAAGUGGACUUUCUUGUUAUAUCAAAAAAUGGAGCGAGUGGGGACUAUCCUGGCUGUACAGACAAGGCCUAUGAAAAGGCAAUCAAAGAUGGUGCUGAUGUUAUUGAUUGCUCGGUCCAAAUGUCUAGCGAUGGUAAACCCUUUUGCUCAAGUUCCAUAGAUCUCUCGGAAAGCACAACGGUGGCACAAACACCUCUCAAAAACCGUUCAACAACUGUUCCUGAGAUUAGCUCAGUUGGUGGAAUAUACGCUUUUAGUCUCACAUGGCCUGAGAUCCAUAACUUGACUCCUGCUAUCUCCAACCCCUUCAAAGAAUCUGUUUUUUUUAGGAAUCCGAUUGAGAAAAAUUCUGGGGAGCUAAUUUUGCUUUCUGAAUUCUUAAACAUGGCAAAGAAUUCCCCUUCUCUGUCCGGUGUUUUGAUCAGUGUAGAGAAUGCAGUGUACCUGAGAGAGAAGCAAGGGAUCGACGUGAUUAAAGCGGUUCUUGAUACACUCGCGGAAAGUGGUUAUAUCAAUGGAACAACCACAACAAAGGUCAUGAUUCAGUCAACAAAUAGUUCGGUUCUUGUUGACUUCAAGAAGCAGAGCCAUUACGAGACUGUCUACAAAAUUGAAGAAACCAUUAGUGAUAUUCUUGACUAUGAUAUUGAAGACAUAAAUAAAUUUGCUAAUGCUGUUGUCAUCAGAAGAUCAUCAGUAUUUCCCUUCCCUGAUGGGUUCAUCACUAGGCAAACCAAUGUAGUGGAGAAACUGCUUGAGUCUCCACUCUCGGUUUAUGUGGAAUUGUUUCAGAACGAGUUUGUAUCUCAACCAUUUGACUUCUUCUCUGAUGCAACCGUUGAGUUAAACUCAUAUAUCACUGGAGUCGGUAUCAACGGAACAAUCACCGAGUUCCCUUUCACAGCUGCAAGAUACAAAAGGAAUCGAUGCUUGGGUAGAGAAAAAAUCCCACCAUACAUGUCCCCUGUUUCACCUGGUGGCCUUUUAUCAUUAGUGAGCCCAGAUCCCUUACCUCCAGCCCAAGCACCAAACCGGGUUUUCACAGAUGCUGAUCAUUACAAACGAUGCAGUCAACCAUUUUAUUGUGGCGAUCAGUUUGGUCUCUUGUACCCUUUCUGGAUACUUGGCAGGGAAGACUGCGGCCACCCGGAGUUCCAGCUCAAUUGUAGCAAUGGGUUCGCCGAGCUUACGAUAUUGUCCGUGAAGUUCAGGAUCUUAGAGGCAAACUAUGACUCUCAUAUCAUAAGACUGGCCAGAUCAGAUUAUGUGGACAAUCUGUGUCCCUCAAACCCACUAAAUAGACAAUUCUACCAAAGCGCCCUUGAAUUGGAUCCUGACACCGAGCUGCUAACAAUAUUAUAUGGCUGCAAAAACUUAUCAUCUCUUUUUUCUAGUAGCGAAUCUUACAAUUACGUAACCAAGUUUCCAUGUAAGGAUGAUAGCGAAGGUGUAACAAACUACUGUGUUGUGCGAAACAGCUCGUCUGAUUUAUUCUACGGGAGGUUCGGCAUUGACAACUUGAAGAAAUAUUGCAACACAGACGUUGAUAUUCAUAUUUCCGGAUCAAACACUCUGCAUUCAGAUAAUCUAAAGAAGACUCUUCAACAGGGUUUCGCUCUUGUACUUAAACAAGACUGUUCAAUAUGCAUGGAAUCUAAGGGUGCUUGUGGAUAUAAUCAGAUCUCGAGUGGAGUCAUCUGCUACUGUAAAGAUGGAACCCAUGGCCGUAAAUGUGGCUCUGGAAAGAGAAGUCAUGGGUCUUUUGUCAAAGCAGUUCGCGAAGGAAAGUCCAGAAGGCUUAUCGAGAAUGGAAUCAGCAACGAAGACGAUGAGAUAGUGAAGAAGAUGGCUUUAGUGGGUUUGUGGUGUAUUCAGUCUUCUCCACUAGAUCGCCCACCCAUGAAUAGAGUUGUAGAGAUGCUGGAAGGAAGCUUGGAUGUUCUUGAAGUCCCUCCUACACCUGUUUUGCAGCAAAUUCCCAGAGCAACUCUUCAAGAAUCUUCAACAUUUUCAGAGGAUAUCUCAGUGUUAGCAAUGAAAGCAGAGGUGAAACCUCAAAAAGAAGAUGAAAUUUAA